UGUUCUUCGCUUGGACUUUUCUCCGGGACCUGCAGCAAAAAGCACCGUCCCGCUCCGGUCUGUGGCCAAAAACAGCCCCGAAAUCAGCGCUCACAGCCGGGGAGAGGAGUGCCAUGCCCGCCGCCCCGCUCUAGCAGCACCUCGGCCCCUUUUCGUGUGGUUGACGCGGACACCAUGCUGAGCUUCCUGCGGAGGACUCUAGGGCGGCGCUCUGUGCGUAAACAUGCCGAAAGGACGCGUCUGCGUGAGGCCCAGAGAGCGAGCACGCACAUCCCUGCGGCCGGCGAUGCCAAAUCUGUCAUCACCUGUCGAGUGUCGCUAUUGGACGGGAGCGACGUGAGCGUGGAUCUGCCGAAAAAGGCCAGAGGAGAGGAGCUGUUUGAGCAGAUCAUGUAUCACCUGGACAUCGUGGAGAAGGACUACUUUGGCCUGAGGUUCAUGGACGCCGCUCAGGUCCCGCACUGGCUCGACGUCACCAAAAGUAUAAAGAAACAGGUGAAAAUUGGUCCUCCGUACUGUCUCCACAUGAGAGUCAAAUUCUACUCAUCUGAACCCAACAACCUGCAUGAGGAGCUCACCAGGUAUCUGUUUGUGCUGCAGCUGAAGCAGGACAUCCUCUCUGGAAAACUGGAGUGUCCUUUUGAAACAGCUGUGGAGUUGGCAGCCUUUUCUCUACAGGCCGAGUUGGGCGACUGCGACCCCCUGGAGCACCCUCUGGACCUGGUGUCAGAGUUCAGGUUCACCCCAGACCAGACUGAAGAUCUGGAGCAGGCCAUCUACAACGCCUGGAAGAACUGCAGAGGUCAGACUCCCGCUCAGGCUGAGAUAAACUACCUGAAUAAGGCCAAGUGGCUGGAGAUGUACGGCGUGGACAUGCACAUGGUCAAGGCUCGAGACGGUAACGAGUACAGCCUGGGCCUCACUCCGACCGGAGUCCUGGUGUUUGAGGGACAGACCAAGAUCGGACUGUUCUUCUGGCCAAAGAUCACACGUCUGGAUUUUAAGAAGAGCAAACUCACUCUGGUGGUGGUGGAGGACGAUGACCAGGGUAAGGAGCAGGAGCACACGUUUGUCUUUCGCAUGGACCACCCUAAGGCCUGUAAGCACCUGUGGAAAUGUGCUGUUGAACAUCAUGCCUUCUUCAGACUCAGAGGGCCAGUCCAGAAGAACGCCGCACACUCUGGGUUCAUCCGGAUGGGAUCACGGUUUAGAUACAGUGGUAAAACAGAGUAUCAGACGACGAAGGCGAACAAAGCCCGAAGAUCAGCUUCAUUCGAGAGACGCCCGAGUCGCCGCUACUCCAGAAGGACCAUGCACAACAGAGGUCCUUUCACUCCACAAGAAGUGCUGUCGUCAGGGAACGGAGUGAGCUCGAGCAAAGAUCGGGUGUCAGCAAUAAGGGGGGCCUGGUCUGCUCCUGUGGUCCCUGUAGCGCCCCCAGGUGGUCCAGUGGAGAUCCAGCCUCUACCCCACAGCCCUGGGACAGACAAGAGAGGUUUGCCGGUGGUUCCUGACCUGAUGGAGACCUGCAUUGACGAUGUCCUCCGCGGCCUCCCCUCUCCUCCCGCCUGCGCUCCAUCUGCCCCUCCCCUCUCCUCUAUAGCCCCUCCUCUCUCCCCCAUAGCCCCUCCCUUCUCCCACAUAGCCCCUCCCCCAGACCUGGCAGAGGAGGGGGCUGCCGGUGUGUGCGUCGACGAUCCCCUCAGUCUGACCGAGGCUGCAGUUCGUCUUAAACAGUUGGAGUUGGAGAGUGUCGCUGUUCCACUGACGCCCAAAAAUGUCAACGUGAAUGUGGCCAUGAACAACCAGGAGCUGGUGAAGCUGACGGAGAAGGCGGUCCUCUCCAGCUCUGGCCCCGCCCCUCUCCCCACCCCCCUCAGGACCCCUGACAUCCUCAAGAGCAACAUCCUGAAAGCUCAGGCUGAAGCUGCAGCCUGCAAGGUCUCUCCAGAGGAGCUCAGUGUGUCAGACAAGAACUGUAACCUGCAGGACCCCACGGCCAGGCUGAAGGUGCAGAGUGGCCGUGUGGGCAGUAACAGCUCUCUGUCUGUGAGAACAGAGCUUCAGGAUCUGCUCAAGACUCCCUCUGCAGCCGUCAGCGUGGAGCGUCUGAGCGAGGACGUCUCCCUCUCCUGUGUAACCCCAGAGCUCCCCACAGAAACACUGCCCCCUCAGGUGUGUCCAGAGGAGGUGGAGCUAAGUGUGAGCGCUCCUCUGUCUGAAAACCUCAUUGACUUCAGCGAUAUCGCUCCAGUGCUCCCUCCGGUGCAGCCCAAACCUCCCAUCACCCCGAGGUGGAUCAUCCCCUCCAGCGCAGUACGUCCAGAAGCAGCUAAAUGUCCCCCGGGGAUCUUCAGUAACGGCGUCCUGGAUCCAGAGACUAAGAACUCAUCUGUGUGUACAGAAGCAGCGCCCCCUGUCCCUCGCUCUAACAACAACAACAACAGCAGCUCAGUCCAGGCUCCUCCUGCAGAAGAUGGCUCCAAAUCCAGAGGACUCCUCACCACUGAGCUCUGAACAUCACCAACUUGUUACACAUCUGCAGACCAUAUAUGGACCAGCACACUCUAUCCAGUCUCCUGUAAAUCUAUGGACCAUCUCACUCAAACCACACUCCAGUCUCAUCUUACGUCUACAGAGAAUCACCAACCUCUAAACAUCAGACUUCCAGCAUGUUCCACAUCUACAGACUGUAACUCCAGUCUAAAGUCCUCUUCACACAUGCAGCCUGACCCGGGAAUUUACCUGCAUUUUGCCAGAACACGGUGUGUGAGAAUGAAGCCAGACGUGAUUUUCUUGUAGUUUGGAUCUGGCUAUUUUCCAGCUUAAUUACAAGGAAUUUGCAGGUCACGGUUGUGUGUGAAUACAACCAGAAAAUUGUCCACCACUUGGAAAAUACCAGUGAUGUGAGAGAGCACAGAGAGCCACAUGCAAGUCUUCUCUCUGUGUGGGGCUUAAACCUGCUUUUGACCCGGUUGAGACCUGGUUUAGACCUAAAUGCCAGGUUAAGUGUGAACUGGGCAGAUUCAGGUAUAUUCUGGAACUUGUGCAUGUGUGAAUGGGGGGUCACUGCAUUUUGUACCCAGCAAUUUUCUGAGUUCUAUGUGUGAACAGGCUCAUGUUCAGUCUGCAGAGCCUGGUCCUAAACACUGUGAUAAAUCUGGACUAAAAUAUCUGGACUGGAGCAUCUCACCCUCUGCAUCUUCACAAACAGAAGCUGGGUUUUAACUUUUGAACACAUUUUUGAAGAGAAUGAACUAAUAUUUUGAUUCACAAGAAGAUUUGAAGAGUCACAUUUAUAUGAAACACUGUUUUAUGAAGCACCGAGUUUUAGAUUUGUACACUGAUGGAUUAAAAAUGCAUAGAUGUGAUACUCUCUUAAACUGGAUCAAAAUGGGAGCAAAAUUGAGUUUCAGAUUACUUUUGAAGUGUUUAUUAACCCUUUUUUUUUUUUUUUUUUUUUUUUUUAAAUAUUUAAGCCUUAAAACAUAUAACAUGAUAGAAUACACAUUUUUGAACCAAAUCAUGUUUUAAUGGCACUGGAAGCAUUGGUUUUAGUUGGACACAAUAUAUUUCCAUUUGUUUUCAUUUUUUUGUUCUAUUUUUGAUUGUAAUAAGAAUGGCACCAUUUGUUAUUUUGCAUUCCAGUCGUCCAUGCUUCCUUCAGUGGUCUGUGCCACAGCUGCACUGGGGCAAACUCACAAAGAGUGUGGCUGCCGUUCUGCACCAUCUGCCCCCUCAUAAUGCUGGAACAUUUGCCUGUUGGACAAUGUUUUGAAAGGAUACAUUUUUGGACAUCUGAAGAAUCUUUUUUAAGAGCAGACCGAGGUAGAACUGUGAACUUUGACCUGGAUUGUGAACAAACUAUAGACACUGGACCGGGAAUGGACUUGUAUUGGUUUGCUGAUAUAUCAGGCCAGUAUUUGCUCUUUAGUGUAUCAGCUAUCGGCCUGAAAUCUCCAGCACAAGCCAGUAUUUUCUUUUGGAUUCUAAACAAUUGCUAAUGGUGGCUCUCUACUGUGAUCUUUAAGACAUUUCUUUCACUGGACCUGGACACUGGACUGGACUGUUCAUGAAUGGGGUUUAAAUCUGGUUUAAUGGUACUAUAGGGGCACAUUUUACAUGGGAAGAACACACACUUGCUUCUGUUUUCUCCACAUUUCUGAAUCAUAUUUGAGCAUGUGGUUUGUCACUGUCUGGUCAGGGAGGACACAGGCACUAAACUGGCACUAAACCACAGUGUUAAGUGUUUCUCCAUCACUGUUAUGUGAAGAGACAGACUAUUGGGACAUUAAACAUUCCAAUCGAACAACUUCCAACUCUCUUUAAAGGUUCUGUAUUACGUAAAGUUGACUCCUGUGAGCUUUACCUCCUCAAAUACAGGCCUGGAGUUGUGUUUCGUUUCAUUCACACAUGUUUGAGUAACUCUUUAUUAUUAGUCUGUCUACAUCUUCAAAGCUUAAAAUGCUGUGUUCCACCUUAUGAUGUCAUGAUGUGGUACUUUAAAAUUUCUUGUUUGGUAGAAACUGGCAAAUACACUGCUGAAAUUAUCCAAAUGAUUCUAGUGAAGGUACAUGCAAACAACUUGGAUGAGGAAGAAAAUCAUGUAAUAUGGGCCCUUUUUAAAAUUACUUUUGGUACAAUUGAAUACUUGUAUUCUCCACAUGCUGCUGCUGUUGAACAAAAAGCUGAGAUACACAGGCUGGUAUAUUGUGUAUUACAUAGGGUGACCAGAUGUCCCUAUUUAACCGGGACAGUCCCAGUUUUGAGCCUGUGUCGCCUGUCCCAUCAGAUUUAUCCAAAAACCACUGACUUGUUCCAGUUUUAUACAAGAAAUGUCCCAGAUGUCCCUAUUUUUAACCAAUCUGAUCCCUGUCAACAGUAAAAAGAGGGAUAAAUUGUCAUUUGUUUAGGUAAAAUACAGAAAAAAGUGAAACACAAAGAAAAUGUGAUUAUACUGACUGUUAGUCAUGAAUGGGCCAAGUGCAAAACAGUUGUCCUGAAUUACACACUUGUUUCAGUUUUAUUAUUACCAACCACCACAAACCAGGGGUGUCGCAGUUUUUGAUUUUGAAAAUCUGGUCACCCUAGUAUUAUGUAUAGUGCUUAUGGCUGUGUUUGCUCUUUCUACAGAUUUUUCAGCACAGAGGGACUUUUCUUUUAACUGGGUUUAACAAAUGUUUGGAGCAAUUACACUGUAGUGUGUCUGUAUGUUUAUCCGUGAUACAAGCACAUGAUUUUAUGUCCCAGAAAUCCCAAUCAGCUUGAAGUAUUUGACUUGAUGUUUCUCCUUUCAGAGAGACACUGAAUCCCACUGUGCGUGUGUGUGUGUGUGUGUAAAUGUAUUAUCACUGGAACAGGUUUGUCUGCGUCAGACCUGAACUCAUGUUCACUGUAAACAUCUGCUUGUGUCUUAGUCUCAUCAGGCUCAGCUAUCAUCUCGAUCGUGUUUAUUAUAUUACCAGUGCUGUAACUUUAACCAAGCUCUUUUAUCCACUAAAGGAGAAAGUAGUGAUGCAACUGUGACAGACAGGAGUCUAACCCACAACCUCCUGACUGAGAGGAGACAGGAUAACCACUCUGCCACUUCACAAUUGCGUCCCUUAUGUCUCCUUAAAUCACAUGGUACACUUUUGUUCUCAAUGUUUUUUAGCUCGCAAAGUCAUUUUAUUUUUCAUUUGAACACCCAGCCUUUGUAGAUAUGAAGUAUAUACUAUAAAUAUAUAAAUGUAAUGAUCUUAUUCCAAAAUGUGAUGGUAGUUUUUCACUGUUUAAAAUGAAACACUAUUUUUGUCCAGCGUCCACAGUAAUGGCAUUUCAGUCUGUGUUUUUCAAGUAAAAGUCUUGUGCCCUGUUGGUCCAUUGCUGGUUUUAUUUUGAAAUCUCAAUACUGUGGAUGCAGAUUUUGUAUUAACUGUAGCGGAACAUUCCUCUUUUUUUUACCGUCUUCUGUCAUUUUUAUUUGUGUUGAUUUGAGGAGAAUCACAUUUUACUGUAGAACUCACAAAUAUAAUGAACAAAUGUUUUAUAAUAAAUGCAGUAGAUGGAUCAUAAAUGUG